CAUCGCGCAUCGGACAUUAUCAGAGCCAGUUCUUCCUCAAGUCCCAAGUCCCAAAAGAUUCACUAUCCAUCUUGCAGCGAAGCAGGGAUGGAGAUCUACAGGCCCAGAAGCAAAUCAUCCGCGCCGGUGCCGUAUUUCCUCGCAGGCGCCGAAAAGUAUCCGCAACAGCACACACAUACAAAUACACGCCACGAUCCAGCGCGCAUCGACAUCCGGCGGUUCGACGACCGCUGGAAAAGCGAUUGCGACCGCGUCCUAGGCGAGAAAACUAGCAUCGACGUUGUUUCGGUGGUUUAUUCACACCCGCGUGGUGGUGCGGGGAUGAAGGGUAUGUAACGUUCGUUCUGGGUUGGUUGCAGGCUGGCAGGCGGCUAAUCAAAUCUGCGCGUGCAUGCAUGACGGCAUGCUGGAUGUUUCAGGGCUGAUAGUUGAUGUUGGGGUAGAAACACUCACAUUGAAAAGGCGGCUGGUGACCGACGAGGCGAGCCUGGCGGAAGUUCAUUCGUCGUCGCAGAGUGGCACGAGGGGACUGGCCUUGGCCGCUGCGAGAUGUGGCUCCACAGGCUCCACCGGCUCCACGGAAUAUGCAUCGUCGUCCGGAGACGAAGACUCUGAAAUUGCCCUCUGUGCACACGCAGAAUCUCCGCCGGCUGGCGCGCAUACCUUCUUUUUUGUCAAACCGAGGAUUUCGUACGGCCUGCUGCUGAUGUCGAAGGACAUACAGCAGAAGCUGCUGACGACGCUGGACGUGUUUCCCGCGUUCCUGGAUAUCCUCCAUCUGUUUGGCAGGAAGCACGAGGAGAUUAACGAGGAUUAUGCGGUCUACCGACAAGAGAUAGUCUGGAGAGAGGAGGAGCAGGAGGCCUGGAUCGCACCCAGUGUUCCUGAAGCAUUCGAGAUAUGCUACAACUUCCGCUAUGUAGUCCAGCGGAAGGGGAAUGUUGAAGGCGAAGAGCUCAUCUGGACGACGCGGAAGAUGGGUGUCUAUUCCAAGUUUGUGCCCGCGACCAACACGACCACGUGGAUACCCGUGUAUCCGCCCGAUGAGGCAAUUCCGCGCUUGGAGGAAGUGUUUACGAGCGAUUCGAAGCGGAGGCGAGGAAUGCGACAUCAUAUCGAUAUUCACCUACUGUUAAUGAAGACUGCAAGCCAGGACUGGCUGCCGUUCAUCAACCAUCUAGAUAAGAAGCUGAUAGAGUUGGACAAAAAGACGUACAUGUGGCGGCCCAAACCGGGGAGCACUAUCACCAAUGAGCACAGAGACUCGGACUCCGAGUUGGAGCUGGAGGACACGCAGCGGGUGCAGAGAUUCAAGAUCGAGCUGCUGACGAUAAUCCACGCGCUCGACGUCAACCUAGCCAACAUCGCCUCUCUCCGACGGGGAAUAGAAUCCUUCCGCAGAAAGACCAAAGUCUACAUCACUGACGACCUUUACAAGCAGUACGACGAAGAUCUCGAGGACCUGCACAUCCUGAUGAGCCAGCACCGGGUGCGAGUCAAGAACCUCCUGCAGCGCGCCGAGAGCCUCUUCUCGCUCAUCAUCACCAUCAUACCAUAUAUCUUUGCGCGCCGUGAAAACACCCUGAUGUUCCGCCUCUCCGAAAAGGCCACCCAGUACGCGAAAUCAAUGAAGGUCAUCACCAUCGUGUGCAUGCUAUAUCUGCCGCCAUCCGUCAUUGCCGGCGUUUUCGGAAUGGACUUCUUCCAUCCGAGCUGGGACAUCGCAAUCAUGUGGGCGAUCUUCAUAUGCGCCACGGUGAUUCUGGCGGCGUCGACCAUCGGCCUCUGGCUGUGGUGGGAGCACAGAUGUUUACGAGAUGAGGAAGGAGGAGGUGGCAAAGUAGAUAGCGAAAACACAGGAGGAGGACGAGGAGGAGACGAAAAUACGGGGGUGACGGUGGCGGAGACUCCGGUAGGCGCGGGGUUGAACUGGUGGCGAAGAACCUCGCGGCUCAAGUGGUGGCCAAGAACCCCGCCGCAUAUCUGGUGCAGGACAAACUCUGGGCUGGUGGACGUCGAGCGGGGCUCACCCUAUCGAGAGAAGUAUGUGGAGUCUUCGAGGAAUCCGACGAUGGGUUGAGCGGAAGAGUAGGUAAUACCGAUAUAAUCAAAGCCUUAUAGAUAGGGCAGGCUGAAAGAGGAAGGUACAUCGCUGGUGGGGACUUUAUGGCGCCGAGGGGCUUGUAUUUCGCUGAAGGGCAGGUCAGCGGAGGAACUGUUGUUUGGGCGGUGCGGAAGUUUGGAUCAUAUCGACAGAAUGUGCGGUAGAGAGAGACGGAGAACAAGGGAUUGAAUUGACUUUCUUGCGUGGUAGAGAUAUGAAAAGAGCGGGCAACAUUGGCGGUUUAAAUACAACACAUCUGUCUUCCAUCC